AGAAAUUUCGCUGACUCCAUACACCGCAGUGAGCACAGUGGGGAUCUACUGUAUGGGAGUCAUACUCAUAGGUCAACUUCAAGUAACAGUUCAACCCGUCACUGGUCAGUAACCAGCGUGUAAAAACCAGAUAUUAAAUCAUUGUGUGUAACGGUAGUCAGUACAUGUGGCUUUAUGCUGCUGGCGAAUGGCUGCAAGAUAGUCGCUUCCCUUUGUCACUCGGCUCUGCCUCCCUCGGUCUGCCAUUUGCGUUAUUUCUCGUGUUCACUUUCUUUGGCUUUCAGCAGGACCCUGCUUGCUACUUCGAUGUAGUUGUGCGCUUUCGGUAUACCGAAGCAAUGGCCCGACUUCUGACAACGACUUCACCUAGGAUCUUCCAGGAUUAGCAGUGCAAAAUGCGGUUCUCUUCAGCCGCCAAACACAGUCCGACAAUGUCAUCUCGACAGAACAAGCACGACCGUAGUUUGGCGUUUAACUGCUUCUCAUUUAUCUGCUUCGCUUCAGCGGCAUGCUCACAAACGCAACAAGAACCAAACAGCGAACCGAAUUUCGCAACUGGCGCCAUUCCUGUGGAGGCGAGUUCGGGACGCACGGCCACGCACCACUUCUGUCGUCUGCGGGUUAUCGAAGAUGGCCGUGUCAAGGUUGGCGCGCUGCUGCAACUUCAUGACUCGUUCGACUACAGCACACAGACGUGCCAAGAGUUUAGCAGUUGGGCGGCUGUCCAACAAACUACUGCUUUCACAUACAUGCUCAAAACCUACCAGGACGAGUUCCACAUCGAUGUGGAUUCGUCCGUUGUGCAACGACAUCUGCAGACCGCACCGCUUACCACGAGACUGACGAGUGGACUAGCCUUCGACGCCUGCGGGUCAAAUCAACUGGCAGUGGAAUUAGCACAGAUUUUAGCAGCAGACUCCAUCGUUUACCGAAAAGUUGCACUCACGAAUAUGUUUCACCGCGUACCACCCUUGGACAACGAGUGCGGGGUGCAAAACUUCACAGAAGCUUUGACGAGAUCUCCACCCCUGCUCGCAGUGAUUGGCCCAAUGUCAACAAGCAGUACUUUGGCCACGUCGCCGUUUCUCUCCAACUACCAGAUUCCCCACAUCUCGUACUGGGCCAGCAGCACUCUCUUUGACGAUGUGUCCGACUAUCCGUAUCUCUUCCGAGCAGUGCCCUCCGACAAAUUCCAAGCCGAGGCAAUUGCAGACCUGAUUGAACACUUUGGGUGGACCUUUGUGUCGUUAAUAGCAGCUGAAGAUGAUGCUUACAGCGGACAAGGCUUCGAUUUGAUUGUCUCCGAAGCAAACAGGCGGCAAACAUUUUGCUUGGAGAUUUCUGCUCGCUUCAACAAGAGACCCGGGUUCCGUGACCAGUUGGUGAGUACUGUAGCAACCUUGAAGCAGUCGAGUUCACGCGUGGUCAUCCUCUAUGCUCCCAUAUCUGCAGCCAGGGUGUUUCUGAGUAUGUGCCAACAGAUAAACGUGGAUAACAAGAUCUUUGUUGGCAGCCAUGACUGGGUGAACAGGCUGACAUUCCCAGAAAACUCCAUUCAGGUUAAAGCGCCCAUUCUUGGCCUGGCACCACGAGCUGUUGCUUCCAGCAGCGCCCAGCGUUUGCUCCAGAACUUGACACAGUCGUUGAGGGAUGCGGAGUACAUUAAAGCUGCAACUACGGAAGAUCCCUGGCUGCGGGCAUACGUAGAAGACCAGCUACAAUGCACCAUGGGGAUUAUGGACAGUUGCCGAAUCAAACUCAUGCCAAGCCGCACAACACAGCUCCGUCAGUGCACCGAUGCCGAUAUUAAACGCUUCCUGCCGAGAGAGUCAAUGGUGAUCGCCGAGUCAUUGAUUUUGGGCAUGAUAUCGACCGCGGCUGCAACAGUAGCAGCCAUUCGGUCACAUGAUCUUGGCAACGGUACCGUACCCGGAGGGCCAGUUCAACUGAAGAUUUUAGAAAAUCUUGCACUGCCGUGUAAGAACUAUACUUCGUUCUGUCGUGUGUUUGACAAACUCCACCACACAACCCCAACAUAUUAUAUACAGAAUGUCCAGCUUACUGCAAAUGGCUUCCACGACAUAGUCUCCAUCGGGCACUGGAAAGAAGGAAGCCGCUCAAAAUUUGAAUGGUAUCCAGAUCAAGUGUUAGACUUGAAAAUGUUUGGUAACUUCACCCUUGACAGUACCACUCCUGCCACAUCCAGGUCCACUCUGAGGGGAUUGCCAGCAUCUAAUUGCAGCACAACUUGUUAUCCAGGCCAGCAUCGUGUAUUCAAUGCCAGCUUGCCAAUGCUGUGUUGCUGGUCAUGCGAGGUCUGUGCUGGGACUACAUUCUCCAAUGUCACAAAUGCCGAUAUUUGUACUAACUGCCCUCUCGGCUUUGGAUCCAACGGAACAUCCUGUUCUGAGUUCAACCCUGUGGAAUACGGCAUCAAAGACCCAGGAUUUAUAACAGUGACAUGUUUUGCCAUCCUAGGGCUGAUUCUUAGUGUUUCUACGUUGCUGUAUUUUCGCCUGCAUCCCAACGCUGUUCUUGUGAAGGCAUCUGAUCUUACUCUCAGCACCCUGAGUAUGUCCGCCAUGAUCAUUGGGCAUUGUGUUGCUUUGGGCAUCACCAUCCCAACCAGCAUCACCUCAACAUACUGCACACUGAGUGCAGUGUUGCCCGAGCCCGUCAAGACCAUUGUUGUCGGUUCAGUUCUAGUCAAGACCAAGCGCUUUGACAGCAUCUUCAACUCCAUGACCAUCCUGAGUCGCAACAAGACUCGACGGCGUCUUCUUGGAAACCCGGUACAACUUGCUGGUGUCUGCAUGUUGACACUUAUAAACAGUGUAUUGUCAGCUCUGUACAUCGUUUUACAACCACCAGUUGCUGUCAAAAUUCCUGCAGUUCAUCAGCUAACAUUUCACUGUAGCAUAAGCCAUGUUUGGGUCAGUGUUUUAAGCGCGUUCAACUUUUUGCUUCUCGUAACUUGCAUUGUGCUGGCGUUUCUGACACGCAAAUUGCCGGAAGAGUACAAUGAAGCGCAGCUCCUGUACCUCGCCUCGUUGACCGGAUUUAUUGUUUGGCUCGGUCUGUAUCCAGCGCUUGUUGUCACCGGGCCAUCGCUCCGGCCACUGAUUCAGGCCAUUCUCCUGGAAGGUGAGAUGUGGGCGUUCUGGAUUUGCCUCUACGCACCGCGCAUGAUACAGAUGCUGCGCCACGAGAGAUACAGGCAGCGUGGCCAACUCAAAACCUUCGCUGCGGAUGGGCACUUGUCAGCUGCACGAACCUUGUUUUCGACCUCGUCCGCUGAUCAACCUGGCUGUGUAGUACUAUCACAACAAGGGGAAGACCUUCCACCUACAAAAUAGUUAUCAACGUACAUAUACAUGUAGGUUAUUGGAGCCUAGCAAUGACCCAUAACCAUUCUGGUCGUAGGGGCGCCAUCUGUGUCAUACGGCAGCAGCAUCAAAGAGAACAGAAAAAAGAAAAAAAUAGUAAUAGCAGUAAUAGCAGCAUAAAAACUAGCAUUGUGACUCCGAAUUUUCAGCAAUUCCUGUGCCAUGCUACCCAUGUAUGAAAAACUACACAAAGUGCAUACGACUGUACAAGUUCCUACAAACCAAGCGGUUUUUACAUGCUUGCUGCUGGUGACUUGCUGGAAAUAUGGAGCAACAGCAGCAUUAUACGUAGCAUUGUGAUCAGGGCUUUGUUCUAUUAACGCACUCUCCACAUAGAGGCAUGCACCCGGCUCAGAACACAUUGUUUUCUGGUUGGCAUAUCAGGGAUAUUGGGCGGAGCAGCUGGCGUGCAUGAGAAAGACAGGUCGGCCUGCUCUGCGCAGGAGCUGUGACCCGGUGCACACAUAGUGUGUGUGAGAGAGAGACAGACAGGUCGGCCUGCUCUGCGCAGGAGCUGUGACCUGGAGCACACAGAGUGUGAACGAGAGACGGUCGGCCUGCCGUGGGCAGGAGCUGCGACCGGUAGUGAUUGAAAUGAGCCAGCUGCGGAGAUAGACUGCCCUCACCCGAUAUAAGUAUAUUG